CUUGGCUUUCCCCUUCCCUUAUAUUUUCAAUAAAAAAAUCUUCCUAUCUCAAGCAUAACAUUGUCUAGUUUACCCGGUAUAAGUUAUCAUGGCUACUUCAGUGAGCACAAAUCCAUCUACGUUAUUGCCUUUGGAACUAGUUGAUAAAUGCAUCGGUUCCAGAAUACAUAUCAUAAUGAAAAACGACAAGGAGAUUGUAGGAACACUACAAGGUUUUGACGAUUUCGUUAACAUGUUGUUGGAGGACGUAACGGAAAGCGAGGCAACCCCGGAAGGUCGUAGAGUCACAAAGUUGGAUCAGAUCCUUCUCAACGGCAGCAACAUUACUAUGUUGGUACCUGGUGGUGAAAUGCCAGAUACGUAAAAUUGACUUUCAACACAUCGUACCAAGCUAUCAUUCUCUCAGGAUUUAUUCCUAUUUUAAUAUAUUUAUAUUAGGAUACAAAUGGUAAUUUUUUUAAGCUAUGUAUCACAAAUAAAUCUUUUGUAUGCUUAAGUUUGUUUCCAUAGGUAAAUAAAUAUUAACAAUUGAUUAUAAGA